AUGAUUGCUUACAAACAGAAAAAGACAAAGAAAAAACGUGUUUUGUCAACAGGCCAGCUCUCAACUGAUGUUACAACUUCUGAGAUGGGGCUCAAGUCCAUAAAUUCCAAUGCCAUUUUGGAUCCUGAUUACAUCAAGGAGUUGGUGCAUGAUAUCAGGAAGUUCUCCCAUAUGUUACUAUAUUUGAAAGAAGCUAUUCUUUCAGAGUGUUUUAAAGAAGUCAUUCAUAUACGUCUGGAUGAACUUCUUCGUGUUUUAAAGUCUGUAAUGAGUAAACAUCAGAACCUCAAUUCUGUCGAUCUUCAAAAUGCUGCAGAAAUGCUUACCGCAAAAGUGAAAGCUGUGAAUUUCACAGAAGUAAAUGAAGAAAACAAAAAUGAUCUCUUCAGAGAAGUGUUUUCUUCUAUUGAAACCUUGGCCUUUACCUUUGGAAAUAUCUUGACAAACUUCCUUAUGGGAGAUGUAGGCAAUGAUUCAUUAUUGCGACUGCCUGUUUCUCAGGAAAGUAAGUCUUUUGAAAGUAUUUCUGUGGAAUCAGUGGACUCAUCCAGUGAAAAAGGAAAUUUUUCUCCUAUAGAAUUAGACAGCAUGCUGUUAAAAAACACUAAUUCUGUAGAACUGGCUUUGUCAUAUGCUAAAACAUGGUCAAAAUAUACCAAGAACAUAGUCUCAUGGGUUGAAAAGAAGCUGAAUUUGGAAUUGGAGUCCACUAGAAAUAUUGUUAAGUUAGCAGAGGCAACUAGAACUAACAUUGGACUACAGGAGUUUAUGCCACUGCAGUCUUUAUUUACCAAUGCCCUUCUUAAUGAUAUAGAGAAUAGUCACCUUUUACAGCAAACAAUUGCAGCUCUCCAAGCCAACAAAUUUGUGCAGCCUCUACUUGGGAGGAAAAAUGAAAUGGAAAAGCAAAGAAAAGAAAUAAAAGAACUUUGGAAGCAGGAGCAAAAUAAAAUGCUUGAAACAGAGACUGCUCUUAAAAAGGCAAAAUUGUUGUGUAUGCAACGUCAAGAUGAAUAUGAAAAAGCAAAAUCUUCCAUGUUUCGUGCCGAAGAAGAACAUCUGAGCUCAAGUAGUGGAUUAGUAAAAAAUCUCAAUAGGCAGCUAGAAAAGAAGCGAAGGCUGGAAGAGGAGGCUCUUCAAAAAGUAGAAGAAGCAAAUGAACUCUACAAAGUGUGUGUGACAAAUGUUGAAGAAAGACGAAAUGAUCUAGAAAAUACCAAAAGAGAAAUUUUAGCACAACUCCGUAAACUUGUUUUCCAGUGUGAUCUUACCCUUAAAGCUGUAACAGUUAACCUCUUCCAGAUGCAGCACCUGCAGGCUGCCUCCCUCUCAAGCAAUUUACAGUCUCUCUGUGAUAGUGCCAAACUCUAUGACCCAGGCCAAGAGUACAGUGAGUUUGUCAGGGCCACAAAUUCAGCUGAAGAGGAGAAAGUUGAUGGGAAUGUAAAUAAACAAUUAAGCAGUCCUCCCAUUUCUGGAUACGGACCUUCUGACUCUUUAGAAGACGUUGUACGCCUUCCUGACAACUCUAAUAAGAUUGAAGAGGACAGAUGCUCUAACAGUGCAGACAUAACAGGUCCAUCUUUUCUAAGGUCAUGGACAUUUGGAAUGUUUAGUGAUUCUGAGAGCACUGGAGGAAGCAGUGAAUCUAGAUCUCUGGAUUCUGAAUCUAUAAGUCCAGGAGACUUUCAUCGAAAACUUCCACGAACUCCAUCCAGUGGAACCAUGUCUUCUGCAGAUGAUCUGGAUGAAAGAGAACCACCCUCCCCUUCAGAAGCUGGACCCAAUUCUCUUGGAACAUUUAAGAAAACGUUGAUGUCAAAGGCAGCCCUCACUCACAAAUUUCGCAAACUGAGAUCCCCCACCAAGUGCAGGGAUUGUGAAGGCAUUGUGGUAUUCCAGGGUGUUGAAUGUGAAGAGUGUCUCCUUGUUUGUCACCGAAAGUGUUUGGAAAAUUUAGUCAUCAUUUGUGGUCAUCAGAAACUUAUGGGGAAAAUGCAUUUAUUUGGAGCAGAAUUCACACAAGUUACAAAAAAGGAACCAGAUGGCAUCCCUUUUGUACUCAAAAUGUGUGUCUCAGAGAUUGAAAAUAGAGCCUUGAGUCUACAGGGAAUUUAUCGUGUAUGUGGAAACAAAGUCAAAACUGAAAAACUGUGUCAAGCCUUGGAAAAUGGAUUGCACUUGGUAGACAUUUCAGAAUUUAGCUCACAUGAUAUCUGUGAUGUCUUAAAAUUAUACCUUCGACAGCUCCCAGAACCAUUUAUUUUAUUUCGAUUGUACAAGGAAUUUAUAGACCUUGCAAUAGAAAUCCAACAUGUAAAUGAAGAACAGGAGAUGAAAAAGGAUAACCCUGAGGACAAAAAAUGGCCAAGUACAUCUAUAGAAAUAAGCCGAAUUCUCCUAAAAAGCAGGGACCUUCUAAGACAAUUGCCAGCAUCGAAUUUUAACAGCCUUCAUUACCUCAUAGUUCAUCUUAAGCGAGUUGUAGAUCAUGCGGAAGAAAACAAAAUGAACUCCAGAAACUUGGGUGUGAUAUUUGGACCAAGUCUCCUUAGGCCAAGGCCCACAACAGCUCCUAUCACUAUCUCCUCUCUUGCUGACUAUUCAAAUCAAGCACGGUUGGUAGAGUUCCUCAUUACCUACUCACAGAAGAUCUUCGAUGGGUCCCUGCAGCCACAAGAUGCAGCUGUAUGUAGUGCGGGUGGCAUCACACCUCAGGUUGACCAAGGCUAUCUUCCAAAGUCUCUGUUAUCACCAGAAGAAAGAGAUCCAGAACAUUCUAUGAAGUCAUUGUUUUUCUCUUCAAAAGAAGAUAUCCAAACUACAGACAGUGAAAGCAAAAGUUUUGAAUCCACUCCAUCAUUUGAGGAAUCAGAGCGAAAGCAAAAUGCAUUAGAAAAAUGUGAUGCAUAUCUCCUUGACAACAAAGUGCGUUUGCUUAUAGACCAAGAACUUGAGUCAGCAUCAAGAAAGACAGAAGAUGCUUGUAAAACCUCCAAGCUGCCUACUCUGAAGUCCGAUAGGGAACUAAAUGGUGUUGAGAGGCAUCUUCCAAGGACCAGGAUUAGACCUGUAAGUUUGCCUAUAGACAGACUACUACUUCUUGCUGGCUCUCCUACUGAGAGAAAUGGCAGAAAUAUGGGAAAUGUAAAUUCAGACAAGCUUUGCAGGAAUCCUAUCUUUGAAGGAGUUAAUAGAAAAGACACCCCACCUGUUGUUUGUUCUAAAUUUGAUGGCUUUGAUCAGCAGACUCUACAAAAAACUAGGGAGAAACAGUAUGAACAAAAUGACCUGACUGCAAAGACUGGAAUGAUUGUGCCCAGUGCAUUCCAGGAAAGAGGUGUGACACCGACCAUCAGGAGCAGUGGGGACCACCCAGUCAGCAUCACCCAGCCCAGUAAGCCAAGCACAGAACCUGUCAGGUCAGCAAGACAGGUGUCAGAGAGACGGUCCUCUGACUCCUGCCCUCCUGCUUCCGUCAGAGCGCCCAGGACACUGCAGCCCCAGCACUGGACAACGUUUUAUAAACCGCCUGCUCCUGCUGCUAGCGGGAGAGGGGAUGAGGAGAAACCUGUGACUCCCUCCAUAGCCAUGCCCCCUGGCACAACGCAUGCUCCGCAGGAGUGUGUGCUGAAAUCAGUUCCAGGGUCUGAAACUGCAUCGGCUGGGCCUGUGCACCCAGUUAGUAAGCCUGAAGAGAAGGCUGAAGAGCGAGACCAGCCUGGUGUGCCCACGGCAUGUCAGAGACCUAGGCUAAAACGGAUGCAGCAGUUUGAAGACCUUGAAGAUGAAAUCCCACAGUUUGUGUAG